UCAAUUUCUUCUUGAACCUUAUUUUCGUGGACUUCAAAGCGGCAGUCGCUGUGCGGGUUGUCAACUGCGGCUGGACUCGACAACGCAUAUCAACAAUUUGACCGUGCUGUUGGUAAUGCCUUACCUAUGCGAGCUUUCUUCAAAGACUAGUGGCAAAUAGCCCCAGGCAGAGGAAAUUCCUGUCCGGUGAUUCAUUGCGAAUAGUGGAAGGCGCUGUUGAAGCUAUGCCUGCCAUAAUGGCAAGCGCUUUAGAAGCAUUUGAAUGCUUCUCUCAGGCGAGCUCGUCGAUGAAGAAACCUGCAUAUGAAGGCAAAUUAGCAAGCUCUGCCCAAACUGGCUGUGCGCGCGCGCAAACGCUGAGGCUGCUGGCGAGGACGGGGCCUGUGGCCGAAGGGAACGAGCUUCCCAACCCAGUGCUCGCAUCGCCGUUGAGUGCGAUUGACCCAUCCACUUCAAACGGCGGCGGAUGGAAUGCCGUGGAGGGUGCUGCGCAGAGCCCCCGCCACGCGCCAGCAUCGCCUCGACACCUCCCGCACAACCGCCACACCGCCACCGUCAUCUCCGAUUCGCUGCAGCGCACCAGCACCAACGGCGGCAGCGGCGGCGGCAGUAGCCAGCUUCCGCGCAUGCUGCUACAGCCGGUGGAGCCCUCCUCACCAGCCGCGUCUGCGCCGCUGCCAAAGCUGCUGUCGCCGGCUGCGCCAGCGCCCCAGUCGGCAGCCGCCGGCCCGCAACAGCAGGAGCUACUGCCGCCACCGCCGCCGCCGCCGCCAGCCAUGCUACCCGGCAUGUCGCAUCGCCGCAGUGUUGAGAUGGCUGCGCAACAGGUGGUGGCGCCGCCGCCGUCACUGCUGACAUCCGCUUUGGACUCGGGAGCGCACACGACACCUCUCUCGCCCAGCGCCCGCUAUGGUGCCGGACCCGGCAGCGGCUCACUGGCUGUAGUCUCGCCGGCACGGCUCGCAGCGGCAGCAGCAGUAGUAUCCACGGCAUCAGGCGGCUACGGCCAAUGCGCCUCGCCAGCAGCUGAUACGGUGCCUGCACGCACCGGUGGCGGGAGCUUUGCGACCCCCGAGACCAUUCGCCUCACGCUCCUCGCGCACAGCGGCCACGGCACCGGUUCCUCUGGUGCCGGUGGUGGCAGCGGUGGCAGUGGACCAAAUAGCACAGCCGUACCGCCAGCCGCCGUCACCCGCGCCGUCGGCAGUGCUUCCACGCUCAUGACGCCGCGGCUUUCAACCAAUGGCGGCGGCGGCGGAUGGGUCUCGCCAGCCACGUCCGGCGCCUUUGCGGGUUCGUCGGCGGCGCUGCCGCCGCCGGCGUCGCCGUCGCUGCUGGGUGCCUCGGCGUCGAGUUACUCCUCCACGCCGCUACCACCGCCGUUGCCUACUGGCGCGGCAGCGAUGGCGGCAGCUGGGCCGCCGCCGCCACCGGCGUUGGCAGCCGGCCGGUCGCGCAGCUCGCGCACCUCUGUUGACGCCGCGGCCGGAGCGCUCGAGCUCCCAGACGCCGAUGGCGACGCUGCCACCGCUAGCGCCGCCGCCGACGCCGCAGACGCCAGGUCGAGCGGCUUCGCCGCCCCGCCGCCGCCCCCGCGUACCGGCUCCCCGGCCGCGGCAGCGGUUGCGGCUGCAGCUGCACGGCCUGUGGAGGGCUGCGUCAGCAACAGUGGCAGCGCCAGCAGCAGCAGCGCACCGCGCAUGGCGCUUCGGUCCGAGACGCCGCCCAAACAGAUCUGGUCUCAGGCGCAGCAGCGCGGCCCGGCCAAGCCAGCCAUCAAGAAAUCCAAUCUGUCCAACGUCGGUGCGGCUGCUGCUGCUGCGGCGGCGGCGGCGGUGCCGGUCAGGGGUGCCUCUGGCGAGGUCGGCGCCGGCGGCCGGCAGGAGUCACAGCAGCAGCGGACUUUAACCAGCGGCGGCGCGGCAGCGUCGAGUCACAACGACAAAGCCAGCGGCGCCACCGCCACACACCAGGAGGAGGACGAGCAUGACCAGCUUUUGGACGUUGACGAGGGCGCGGGAGGGGGCCAGCCUUGGUUUGAUGAAAACAUGCAGCGCGCCCGCAACCAAGCCCGACUGGCGGCGAUGGAGUUCGCGGAGGAGGUCAAGUAUGUGUCCGUUCAGGAGGCGAGCGGCGGCGGCGGCGGCGGGAAGUCCGGCCGGGGCCGUGGCGGCGGCGGUAGCCGCGACGCGCGUGGCGCAAAUAGCAGCGAGCUUGCAAGCGGGGAGGGCGGCAGCCGGCGCUGCGAGAGCGAGAGCGGCGCCGCUUCCGGUCACAGGACUAUCCGCGGCGGCAACCGCAGCCGCAUUUUCAACAGCGGCGCUGGCAGCGCCGCCGCCGGCAGCGUCGCUGGCACCGACGCCAGCGGCGGCAGUGGCGGCGGCGACCCAGGUCUGGUGCGGCGGCGCACAUUUGGAGAGGUGUUUGAUCACGAGGAGGAGGAGCGGGACAGCAGCGGCGGCGGUGGCGGCGCGGGGAAGAAGGGCGGGCGGCGGAAGGGCGCGCCGAAGAAGUCUGCCAGCGCUCUGACGGCGGCAUGGCGCGCGUUCACCUCGCUCGCGGCCAAGGCGAUCGGUGGCGGCGGCGGCGGCCGCGUGGGGGCCUGGGGCGGCGGCGACGAUGAAGACCUGGUCACCGGAGAUGAAGAGCCGCUGCCGGUGCAGCGCUCUCGUGACAGCCGCGCCCUGCACCGCAAGCGCCUGGGGCUAGAUGGAACGCAGACCGCCCCAGCGGCGUGGCUGCGGCAGCACCAGCACCAACAGCAGGAGCUGCAGUCGCAGCCGCCGGGCGGCAGCAGUCCCCUGGGCAAGUCCCCUAUGCGGAUGAACUCGAACGACCCCGUGAACGCGGCGGUGGUGGAGGCCGCCAUGGAGUUCCUGGUGGCGCGGUCCGCCGCUUCGGCUGUCGGGACAGCGGCGACGCGGAAGGCGGCUGCAGCCGCGUCACCGGUGAAGAAGACGACAGGGCAGGUGCCGGCCGCCGCGGUGGCUGGGGUUGUCGGCGCGUAAGGAUGGUUGCGGGGUCACAGGGCUUGUCUGGUGCAUUUGAAGGUGACCUCAUAAGCAGAGGUCUGUGGCGGUGGCGCGUUUAUGCCCUGAGAUCGUGGCACGCGCCGUUGCAGCGUUUUGGGGUGCGGCUCACGAAAUUCGAGUUCCGGAAUUCGAUAAAGAUGCCCGCCACAGUCCAUUCAUAGUGCCCUUAAAUCCACUGUUGGAGUUGCAGAAGUGGUCGUUUCGCUGGGGCGGUGGUUUGUGCUGAGACAUGCACUGCGACUGUACUGACCUUGUGGAUGGGCCACUGGCCUGGCACGAGCGCGCGUCCACACUACCUUUUACCCUUGCCGUGAGAACACCACCCAUGAACAACAACAUACGCUUUAGUGUCUUGGUGUGACAUGGUGCUCAAGUACGUGAUUACGUGAUUAGUAUAGCGUGUCUGUAUGUGGUGUCUCGUGGAGUGCCCAUGUGCAUGACAGCUGCGCUGGGACAUGCGCGGCGUGUGCGUGUGGGUGGGGGUUGUAAAUUCCAGCCCAAACUAAACCAAACCUGGGACUAGGAGGCAUUUUGUGUGGGUUUUGAUACUUUGUUGGUGAUACGUUCUUGUCUGUAAGAAAAUGUGCAAGAAGCCGGUGUUGUAGUUGAGCGAUUGAAGUCAAGCGGAGCGUGAGAUGACUGCGUUGUGCGGUCUCGUGUGACAGUGACGGGCGUUGGUCAAGAGUCCAGAUUCCAGAGCGCAUUGGUGCGGCAACGGGCUCGGGCUCAUAUGAUGCAAGACCCUGUGCAUUGGCCGCAUUACUCCACAUGGGAGCAUAAGCGUAGGAACAUGCCCCUCACAAGGGGAGAACAAUAAAUAGGACGUUAUCAUGUUGGCGUUAUAAGGGUCACCCGGGUGGGGCCCGGCCCCGGCCUCCUGUUUUCUUGAGGCAGGAAGGCAUGCGCUUCACCUUGUAACCACACACACGC